AUGGUUGGCGCUGAAACCGAAGAGGAAUGGGUUGUUGUACUUCGAGUGCCAAAACCUUUACGGAUGGGAUGUGCUCUACAGGUGGCGCAGACCAUGAAGAUGACCAGAAGUGGUCACGGAAUCAAUGCAAAAGUGGUCAGAAGACCAAUGAGUCAGAAAGAGGCCGAGAAGAUAGCCCGCGACCCCAACAGCGGCCCAGACUUUCAGGUGGUUUUCAAUCCUCCGCUCAGUAUUUGCAAUAAAUUGACAAAAUAUGUGUAUUUGUCGGGAAUCGCGGCUCUGACCAAAGAAAACCUCGAGCUUCUGGGCAUCACUUUAAUCAUAAACGCCACUUACGAGUGGCCUAAUGUCGAGCCCGAAGGCGUCACCUGUUAUAGAGUUCCGGUGGACGACUCGGAAGGAGACGACAUCGGGAUCUACUUUGACGACGUGUCCGAUAAGAUUGAGGAAAACGCUCAAAACGGAGGCAAGACUUUAGUGCACUGUAUGGCCGGCGCGAGUCGAUCGACAACUCUUGUAUUGGCAUAUCUGGAAAACGCUCAAAACGGAGGCAAGACUUUAGUGCACUGUAUGGCCGGCGCGAGUCGAUCGACAACUCUUGUAUUGGCAUAUCUGGUAAAAUACGAGAGAAUUGCGCUCAAGAAUGCCUUCAGUUCAGUGAAGAAGCGAAGAGAGACCGCCAGACCUAACGUCGGCUUUUGGGACCAACUCAUCAAAUAUGAGAUUAAGAUCAGAGGCGUUGCGUCCGUCAAAAUGCUAACCAAGAAAGUGGACGGCUUUGACAUUAUUUAUCCCGAUUUCUAUGAGAAGGAGUUCCAGGCGUUGAAAGACAGAGAAAUUAAUAAACAACUCAAUGAACUGAAAGAAAAGGCCAAUAAUCCCGACAAAAAGUCUAAAUCGCAAAAACAAUACAACUCUCAGACAAACUCUUAUGAAUAG